AAAGAGUUUUUCUUGUAACAAUGAUAAAUUUAAUCUAAUGCGAGUUCUGCGAUGAAUUAUGUCAGUGAAAUACAUCAUCGGCUUUUCGAUAUUUCUUAUUGUACUAGUAGCCUGCAAUAUAUAUUUCUACUACAACCUUACUAGUGUGAAUAAACAUGUGAUUCUAAGUGCCCCUCGAAAGGUAGAAGCAACAUCAUCUGUUCACAAGGAUAUAAUAGAUCAUGUAUAUAACUUACCAAAUGAGUACAAGGUUAAAAAUCCGAAUUUUACACUACAGAGGAAUCUAGUGCAAUCAUUUAAUGCUUCAGUUAUCAAUAAUUUAAAAUCUGUUUGGAAUUAUGUUGAUGAAUGGGCUGAUGACGAAUCAUUGUUUCCACACAAAGAUGGGGCUCCAGGACAAAUAUUGCAGGCAAUGCGCGCAUCACAGAUAGCAUUGGUUGAUAAUGCACCUAAGGGGACACAGUUAAAACUAUUACUGCUUUUGGAGGGAAAGCAAAAGCUGUUAUUCAAACCAAAGAGGUAUAAUCUGACACAUAUAAUCAAUGGUCACAUUUAUGCAGGCUUUGAUCGACAUAACUCUGAAGUAUUUGCAUACUACCUAGCUAUGGUGUUGAACUUUAAAUGGGUGGCACCAGUCAUUACACGCCGGAUCAAUAUCGACCAGGAAAUAAUGCGACUGGCAACACCAGGCUUGAAGAAAACAAUGGUGAAAAACGAAGGUGGACGAUUAUGUAUCUAUGGCAAAUGUUAUUACUGCAAAAUAAAUGAAACUGUAUGCCCUGACAGUAACGGUGAACUUGAAGGUGCUGCUAUUUUAUAUUUAGAUAAACAAUUUCGAAUACAUAAAUCUCCAUGGAGACGUUCAUAUAAUAGUAAGAAAAUGGAAUGGGAGAAAGAUAAUGAUUUUUGUAAGAAAGUUGGUAUGACCUUAAGCACAAAACGAAUACUUAAUUUGGUAGAUACUGCUAUAUUUGAUUUCUUGAUACAAAAUGGAGAUCGUCAUCGCUACGAAAUUUAUAAGGAAAAAAUAGUCCUUUUGGAUAAUGGAAAGGGAUUAGGCAAUCCAAUGGUAGAUGUGUUGGAUAUUUUAGCACCAUUGUAUCAAUGCUGCAUAAUAAACUUUUCAACCUGGCAAAAUCUAGAAUAUCUCUCGGGUGGUAGUUUAACCGAAACAAUAAAAUUGCUCUCGGAAUUUCACGGUGAAAAACUGACAACUGAAGAACAUUAUCAAGCUAUCGAGCGCAGAUUGUUAAAAAUUUACGCAACAGUACAAUAUUGUUUAGAGAAACAUGGCAGUGGGAAAGUCUUUAAAAAUGUUGUUGCAUUAUAACAUAUAAUGCAGUCGUUUGAUAUGAUAUUUCUAUUGUAGCUCGUACGCACUUAUCGGUGUAGUUAAACUACCCUAUUACAUUGUUUUGCGCAUCACCCACAUCCGACAGAAAGUAGACUCUGCACAGUGGAACUAUCGUAUAAAUCUUUUGUUAAGAAAAUAUCUAAAUACUCUUAGACACUGAAAGCUUCAAACGCGUUGAAUAAAAUAGAGGUGAGCUGUUGACCUCUACGUCCCAUUCCCGCGCUCAGUUCGCUUAGAGCUGUCACUGCGCUCAUACCUGUUGCUACCUGAAUUUACAUUUAAAAAUAUUGUUUUGUAUCCUUAAAGCGUGUGUUUACAGAAACUCCAAAAGGCGAUCUAAAACAACAAAUGGUAUCGCCAGUAACUUUAUAGUCAUUUCCUGAAAUAUAAGCCAGUUGAGUUCGCCAUUCCUUUUGGAUUGCCAGUUUAUAAAAUCACAGACUAUAUUUUAUAUAAGUAAAUUUCUUUUAUAAAUAAUUUUAGUUUGUGCAACAGCUGGUACCAUUAUGCACGCACACAAGGCUAAGCAGAAUUACGCAGUGACAGUGUAUGACGCAACUGUCACGCACACUAAGCUUACAAUAAUUUACCUAUGGCUAUUUGUUUAAGUAGCUUUACAUGUAGUGUGGAUAAUAUCAUAAAGUGUGAGGAGGAAAUAUAAUGAGUGAAUAGUUACCAAGUUUAUGUUACGUAUUUCUUUUUAUCACAUCUGUUCAUUGAAAGGUUGUAUCGAGAUCAUAAGCGGUGAAGCCGUCCGGUAUAGAAUCAUUCUAUAUUUUAUUUAUAUAUUGAAUUGUGGAAAAAUAAAACAUGUAUCAAUUCAGAA